AUGCCCCCAACCAACAGCCCCAACAAUCUCAAGACAACCCCCCUAAACAUCGCCAUCAUCGGCAGCGGCAUCUCGGGCCUCCUAGCCGCGCGCAUCCUGCGCCCACAACACAACGUCACGAUCUACGAACGACACUCGCACGCCGUCGAAACCGGCGCAGCAAUCAACAUCGGACCCAACGGCAUCGUGAUCCUAGACAGCGUGGGCUUCGACCGGCGGCGCGCACGCACCCUAACCUACAACAAGGCCGGCGCAAUCACCACGGACACCGUCAUUGACUACGAGCGCGAGUUCGGAGCCGACUGGCUAUUCUUUCACCGGUCGGAUCUGCACAACGAGCCGCUGCGGCUCGCGACAGCGCCGUCCGCGGAGCUGGGGGUCGAGGGCGUUCCAACGAAGGUCCGGUUCGGGGCGAAGGCCGUGGGCGUGGACGUUGAAGCUGGGGAGGUGCGCUUAGCUAGGGGGGACGUGGUGAGGGCGGAUUUAGUGGUUGUAAACCGACAACGAGCAGCAGCAGACGGGAUCAAAUCCACGCUCCGCGAAUCCGUCCUACCCUGCACGCCCAACAGCACCCCCAUCCCCGCCGGCAGCUCCGUCUUCCGAUUCACGCUGACGCGCGCCCAAGUCCACGCCGCGCUGGGCCACAUACCCGACAAGCUCGACCGCACGCAACCAGGCUGCAUCACGACCGUCUUGCCUUCGACGCCACGAAGCGCCGGCGCAGCACACAGCCCUCGCGUCUGGAACGUCCACCGCACCCCGCCUCUCCCCAGCUACAUCAAUGGCCGCACCGUGCUCAUCGGCGACGCCGCGCACGCCAUGCCGCCGCAUCAGGGACAGGGCGGCACGCAAGCUAUCGAGGACGCGGAACCCCUCCGCGUGUGCUUUGGGGACCAUGUCACGUCUGGUGCGGUGCCGGCGCUGCUCCGCGACUUUGAUCGGGUGCGGCGGCCGCGCGCCUCGAAGAUCCAGGUGAAUAAUGUCCAGGCGAAGGGGCGGCGGUCAGCCGCGGAGAUUCAUCGGUUUCUCCGGUUUAAUUGGACGUUUGCGGGGAUUUGGGAGGAGGUGAGGAAUCUGGAGAUGUCUCAGGCUGGUGCAGUUGGUGGUGCUGCUGCGGGGGUAGAGGCAGCGCAGAGGGGGGUGUAUAGACUGUGGUUAAUUCAAGUUGGGUGGUAG